CGGGGGCGCGGGGGCGAUUUUUGGAAACUCCCUCGACUGUGCAAGGGCUCGAGUCUACAUUGUCCAUCUAUGCUGCCCCUCCCUGCCUGCUGCACCCUCUCUUGCGUGCGAGCCCCUCCCCCCCCGACAGCCCGGCAUGCCGCCGCCUCGGGGCGGAGCUGGAGGCCAUGCGCGAGGGCGAGCGCGCGCCCGCGCCCGCGGCGACCGGGCACCCGCCGGCGCCCUUCGCCGCGCCGCGGGGGCCCGACGAGCUGCUGGAGUGGGUGGCGGAGCUGCACGGGCCGUCGGAGACGCCGUACGCAGGCGGCGUCUUCUACCUCUCCAUGUCCUUCCCGGAGGAGUAUCCAAUGCGGCCUCCCACGGUGCUGUUCCUCACUCGCUGCUUUCACCCGAAUGUCGACGAGCAGAGCGGGUCCAUCUGCCUCAACAUCUUGAAGCAGGAGUGGAGCCCCCUGCUUACCGUCUUCUCCACGCUGCUGUCCAUAUCCGCCCUCCUGGCCGAGCCAGAGCCUGAGGACCCCCUCAACAAGGAGGCUCGAGGACCGAAUAAGUGCACAAUCAUUCCGAAGUUCUUGGAGGUCCGCUCGGAUUUCUUGGGUCAGCGCUGGAACCAUCCCCCCGCGCGCCUCCCUCGGUGUGCGGAGCGCGUCGGUGGCGGGGCCGGAGGCGCCGUCGGUGAUCGCGAUCAAAAGAACCCCUAACCCUAAGAACACGAUGAAGACGUGGUCUCACGUAGGUCUCCUUCUCCGCAUUAGGGAUCAUAAUUCUGGGCGGCUUGGCCUGAUGCAUCGGCAGGAACGACACCUAUCUCAUGUUCCUGGCGCUCCUAACUUAGGCCGCCUCCAAAAGGGUUGGGGUCAUUUUAUGCCUAGCCAGCCAGGGGAUUGCCACUGGUCCUGGCCACGCUGAUCCUGAGCCCGGGACCCCGUGCAAGCUAGGAGGGCGUAGGCACCGACACUGGGCCCCUUGGCUUGGCCUGGCCAGCGGCGGCGCAGGCGUGUGCAUGUGGCAGGAUCCUGCGGGGCCAGGGGUUCAUCGACCCAAGUUAGCCCAAUAGGAUCAUGCAUGAUCUUCAGAUCUUGCAGAGCCUGACUGGCCCGCGUUGGCGUUGGCCCAGGUCAGCAGAUCUUCCCGAUCCCCAAUCCCUUUCGUGAGUGAUGAGGUGCCCUUUGCCGACGCCCCCUGCAAGUCUGAAGACGCGCCGCCGUUUGAGAACGACCAGCACGCGCGGCCGCUGCCGCUGCUGCGGUGCCGCCCCUCGGAAGAGGGAGUGCCUGGCAUUUUUUUUUCGGGCGCGUGGGCAAGAACGCGAAACGCAGGACUCUACGAUUCAACAGGGUGUCCAGCGAGACUCCCUGCUCACACCUGUGGGCACUUGUGAUCAUGAGCCUCGGGGAAGUCUCGAUCGACGGCUCCACUUUUGCAGAGGGGAGCCGCCUCGUAGCCGUGCAGCACUGCACAUGCGUUAAUUAAUGCCUCCGCCCGUUGAACAUUCCACCCGCCUGCUCAGGAAGAAGAGCCCGCCCAAUACUUUCCCUAGCGCAGUUGGAGCACCUCAAGCAUACGCCUUUUGAGGGAGCUGGCACGCAGUCCGUAACAUAGACAUCCUGUUGUCUGGAAAAA